UGGAGAGAGAGAGAGUUACUGUUUGUCAAUUUUUCUUGGUGAUGCAAAAUUGCAUUUUAGAGAAAGCCGUUGUUUCGUUUUCUUUCUUGUUUUGUUCUUCUUGAUGCUUGCUUCUGAUUCCAUUAUGGUGAAUGUUUUGUCGUAGUUUGAUUAGGAAACGAAAGGAAGACUGGUUUUAUUCUGUUUCUGGCAAUUGGGACAGCAUAUGCAGGAUCUUGAACUUGGGUAUUUCUCUCAGAAACUUGGGCUUGGAAAAUCUUGAUUGAAGGGACCUGCCGUUUGACUUUGGAUUUUGUAAUACAUCUCAUUAAGUCAUUUUUGCAAUUUAUCGCUGGUCGAAAUUGCUUGUGAUCUUGGGAUGUUGAAUUAUGACAUUUUGAUUCUGGACUGGUAGCUGAUGAGAAUGGAGUUUGUGUACUUAUCUCGUUGGUUUGUUGGCAAUUGAAGAGAGGUAGCUUGAAGGGCAAGUUAUAGAAAUUAGAUGGCAACUUCAAGUGAGAGAUGGAUCGAUCGACUUCAAUUAUCGUCCUUGUUCUGGCCUCCCCCAGAUGAUGAUCAGCAACGAAAGGCUCAGUGUUCUGCAUAUGUUGAGUACUUGGGUCAGUUUACAUCAGAACGAUUUUCAGAGGACAUUGCUGAGCUUAUUCGCAGCCGUUUCCAAUCAAAGGAAAAGCGCCUCUUUGAUGAUGUUUUAGCUGUGUUUGUUCUUCAUCAUCCUGAGCAUGGGCAUGCUAUUAUGCUUCCAAUUAUUUCUUGUAUAAUUGAUGGUACCCUGGAAUAUAACAGAAACGGCCCUCCAUUUGCCUCUUUUAUAUCCUUAUUUUGCCCAGGCACAGAGAACGAUUAUUCUGAACAAUGGGCCCUUGCAUGUGGGGAGAUAUUGCGGAUCCUAACUCAUUACAAUCGUCCAAUAUACAAGACGGAACAACAAAAUAGUGAAACAGAAAGAAGCAAUAGUGGCAGCCUUGCUACGACAAGUGACUCCAAUGAUGAGGAAUUUGUUCAAAUGCCUCUGCAACAAGAGAGGAAACCUAUAAGAGCUUUGUCCCCUUGGAUUACGGAUAUAUUGCUUGCUGCACCAUUGGGUAUCAGAAGUGACUAUUUCCGCUGGUGCAGUGGUGUUAUGGGAAAAUAUGCUGCGGGAGAACUCAGGCCACCCAUAGCAGCUUCGUCUCGUGGAUCUGGAAAACACCCUCAACUUAUGCCAUCAACUCCAAGGUGGGCCGUUGCAAAUGGAGCUGGAGUAAUAUUGAGUGUUUGUGAUGAAGAAGUUGCUCGGUAUGAGACUGCAACUCUAACAGCAGCUGCUGUUCCUGCACUCCUUCUUCCUCCCCCGACAACCGCUUUGGACGAACAUUUAGUUGCUGGGCUACCAGCUCUUGAGCCAUAUGCACGCUUGUUUCAUAGAUAUUAUGCCAUUGCAACUCCUAGUGCCACCCAAAGACUUCUUCUUGGACUCUUAGAAGCACCACCCUCUUGGGCUCCGGAUGCACUUGAUGCAGCUGUACAGCUUGUGGAACUCCUUCGGGCUGCUGAAGAGUAUGCAACUGGCAUAAGGCUUCCUAGGAACUGGAUGCAUUUACAUUUUUUGCGUGCCAUUGGUACUGCAAUGUCCAUGAGAGCUGGCAUUGCUGCUGACGCUGCAGCAGCCUUGCUUUUUCGAAUACUAUCACAGCCUGCAUUGCUUUUUCCACCACUACGACAAAUUGAGGGAAUGGAUGUUCAAUGUGAAACUUUGGAUGGUUAUGAUUCAUUUUACAGGGAACAGAUUGAAGUGCCUGCAGCGGAAGCUACAAUUGAAGCUACUGCACAAGGAAUUGCAUCCAUGCUUUGUGCACAUGGUCCUGAAGUUGAAUGGAGAAUUUGUACAAUCUGGGAAGCUGCUUAUGGCUUGAUUCCAUUAAGUUCUGAUGUCGUUGAUCUUCCUGAAAUCAUAGUAGCAACACCAUUGCAACCUCCCAUACUAUCAUGGAAUUUAUACAUUCCUCUCCUUAAGGUUCUUGAAUAUCUUCCACGCGGAAGCCCAUCUGAAGCAUGUCUGAUGAAGAUAUUUGUUGCUACUGUGGAAUCAAUUCUUCAAAGAACAUUCCCAUCUGAUUCUCCCAGGGAACAAACUAGAAAGACAAGAUAUUUUUCUAGCCUUGGGUCUGCUUCUAAAAAUCUCGCAGUCACAGAACUUCGGACCAUGGUCCAUUCACUAUUCUUAGAAUCAUGUGCUUCUGUGGAGCUUUCUUCACGCCUACUUUUUGUUGUAUUAACUGUUUGCGUGAGUCAUGAAGCUCAGUCAAACGGAAGCAAGAAAUUGAGACGUGAACAAAGCUAUCUUCCUGAUGAAAGAAUUGAGGACUUGCAAGCCAUACCAGAGAACCAUAAAGGAAUAAGAAGUAGAAAGACCAAAAAGCAAGGUCCUGUUUCUGCAUUUGAUUCUUAUGUCCUGGCUGCUGUUUGUGCUCUUGCCUUGGAGCUCCAAUUAUUUCCCUUUGUUACUCGGGGAAGUGAUCAUUUAAGCUCUACGGAUUCACAGGAUGUAUUAAAACUGGUCAAACUAAAUGGUACUUCCACCAAGCUUAAAAAUAGUGUUGACUCAGCCAUACGCCACACUCAUAGAAUUUUGGCCAUCCUAGAAGCACUUUUUUCUCUGAAACCAUCUUCUGUGGGAACUUCAUGGAGUUACAGUUCAAAUGAGAUAGUUGCUGCAGCAAUGGUUGCAGCUCAUGUUUCGGAACUCUUUAGACGAUCAAAGGCUUGCAUGCAUGCUCUCUCUAUCCUGAUGCGAUGCAAGUGGGACAAUGAAAUUUACACCAGGGCAUCAUCAUUGUACAACCUAAUAGAUAUUCACAGCAAAGCUGUUGCUUCCAUCGUUAACAAGGCUGAACCUUUAGAAGCACAUUUAAUACAUGUACCAAAAUGGAAGGAAUCUCUCAUGGGUUUUAAUGGAAAAAAACAAAUUCAAUAUGAUGACAUUACCUGCUCUCAUUCUGGACAAUCAUCUGUCCAAAAGGGUGAUAAUUCAGCCCAUUCAGAAACUAAAAUUGUGUUUAAUAGAACAUCGGAUUCAAAUGAAGAGUUGGGAAAUACCUCAGGGAAAGGUCUGGCAAGCUUCUCAAUAGAUGCUUCUGAUCUAGCCAACUUACUCACAAUGGACAGGCAUAUAGGAUUCAACUGCUGCGCACAAGUUCUCUUGAGAUCAGUGCUGGCUGAGAAACAAGAGUUAUGUUUUUCUGUUAUUUCUCUACUGUGGCACAAGUUGAUUACAGCUCCUGAAACUCAACCUAGCGUGGAGAGCACUUCAGCCCAGCAAGGAUGGAGACAGGUAGUUGAUGCAUUGUGCAACGUCGUAUCAGCUUCCCCAGCUAAAGCAGCUACAGCAAUUGUUCUUCAGAAUCAUAACUCAGAGAGGAUAAUUGGCCGCGGUAGGAUGCUUGAUGGUCUCUACUACUUUGAUGAAGAUGAUAUUAUUCUCACCGGUGAUGAUGAAGCAGGACUAACUGAUCUUAAGAAAAAUCUGGCAAGUGAGUUUCAAAUCAAGGACUUGGGAACAUUAAAAUGUUUUCUAGAGAUGGAAUUCGCAAGAUCGAAGAAAGGUAUAUUCGUUAAUCAAAGAAAAUAUGUUCUUGACUUACUUGAAGAAACAGGAUUGUUUGGUUGCAGGAUUGCAGAAACUCCUAUUGGACCUAACUUGAAAUUACAAGCAGCAAACGCAGAAGAAAUAAAAGAUAUGGAACAAUAUCAAAGACUUGUGGGAAGAUUAAUUUAUCUAUCACAUACGCGACCAGAUAUUGCAUUUGUUGUAAGUAAGGUAAGUCAAUUCAUGCAUGUACCUGGACCAACUCAUUUGAAGCUGUCUACAGAAUCUUGAGAUAUUUGAAGGGAACUCCUGGAAAAGGUAUUUUAUUUGAAAAGAAUAACACUUCCAAGUAGAAGUUUAUACUGAUGCAGAUUGGGUGGGAAGUACUAUCGAUAGAAGAUCUACUUCUGGUUACCGUUCCUUUGUUGGAGGAAAUCUAGUUACAUGGAGGAGCAAAAAACAAAAUGUAGUGGCCAGGAGUAGUGCUGAAGCAGAGUUUAAAGCAUUGGCUCAUGGAAUUUGUGAAGGUAUAUGGAUUAGAAGAAUGCUUGAAGAAUUGAAGAUUCCUCAGACGACACCUAUACGGAUUUAUUGUGACAAUAAGUUUGCCAUAUCUAUAGCUCAUAACCAUGUGCUACAUGACCGAACCAAGCAUAUCGAGGUUGACAAACAUUUUAUUAAAGAGAAGAUUGAUGUAGGUGCAAUAUGUAUGCCUUAUCUUCUGACAACAAAGCAAAUUGUCGAUGUUUUAACUAAGGGACUUCCAAAGAAACAGUUCGACAAUUUAAUCAGCAAGAUGGCUAUGGACGACAUCUUCAAACCAACUUGAGGGGGAGUGUUGGAUUUAUCAAUAUUUGUGUAAAUAUUAGUUGUCAAUUUAGUCGUUAAUAUUUAGUCUUUAUUGUGAUAUUUAGUCUUUAUGGUAGAAUAUUGCUUUCCUUGUUUGUGGUAGGUCAUUCUCCUAUAUAAGAAGAACUAAGUUACAUGUUUGAAUAUAUCAUAAUAUUUUUAUCCACUCAAAUGAAAAAUGUUUCCUUUUACAUGCUGUUAUCUUUACCAAAUAAAAGGUCAUUAAACGACACUAUUCAAGGCUUAUUUCUGAUAUGUUGCUACCAGUUUUCUGAAAUGAGGCCUCAUUUUCUGUUUUGUGGCCUUACUGUACGUGAUAAUAUACUUCAUGUAAUUAGUCAUUUCCAUGGCCCUCUGUGCU